AUGUUCGCUUUCUCUAACUCUCCUUUUUUUUCUCUCUCUCUCUCUCCCACGCUUACACAAGCUAACCACUCUCUCUCUCUUUCUCUCUCAUUCUCAAUUUCAUUCUUUAUUUUUCUCCCUCUCUCUUUCGUUCUUAGUUUUCUCCCUUACUCUCUCUCUCUCUCAUACACACACAAACACACCCUCUCUCUCUCUCACACACACACACGCACUCCUCUUUCUCUCUCACACUCAAAUCUAAACAAAUUCUCUCCUCUUUUUUUCUCUCACCCAGUCUCAAUUCUCUCUCUUCUCUCUCUCUACCUUACGUUUUUACUCUCUUUCAUUCUCUCUCUCCCCCAUACACUCUCUAUUUCCAUCCCUCCCUCAUUCCCUCACACACACACACACACGUUCUCACUCUCCUCUCCAUUUUUACGCGAUAUUUCUUUUCUUUUCUUUUUUUUUUUUUUUUUCUUUCUUUUUUUUUUUUUUUUUUCUUUUUUUUUUUUUUUUUUUUUUCCUUUUUUUCUUUUUUUCCUUUCUUUUUUCUUUUUCCUUCUUUCUUUUUUUUUUCUUUCCUUCUUCCUUUUUUUUUCUUUUUCUUUCCUUUUUAUUUCUUUUUCUUUUUUUUUUAUUUCUUUUCUUUCUUCCUUUUUUUUUUUUUUUCCUUCUUUCUUUUUCUUUCUUUUUUUCUUUUUUCUCUAUUCUUUCUUUUUCCUUCUUUCUUUCUUUUUUUUUCUUUCUUUGCUUCUUUUUCUUUCUUUUCUUUCUUUCUUUUCUUUCUUUUUCUUUAUUUCUUUCUGUUCUUUCUUUCUUUUUUCUUUUCUUUUUCUUUCUUUUUCCUCCUUUCUCUUUUCUUUUCUGUAUAUAUACAGGCAGACACACACACGCUAG